AUGGCUGGGAUGUUGAAACAACCAGGUUCAUUCGCAAUAACGCCACACAAAGUAUCACUCUGCAUACUUUUCAAGAUCUACGCUCCUCCAUCUCAAACUUCAGUUCCGUUCCCUUUCACUUCCGUCUCUCAACACAAUCGUCUCGGUCUGUUCCUCUUAGCUCUCACCAAGUCAUGUGAUGAUAUUGUAGAGCCAAAAUUGGAUGAACUCAUUCAUCAAUUGAGAUUAAUAAGUCAAGACUGGGAAGCAUCUUGGCUUAUUGAUCAAUUGAUAAGUAGACUCUCGUCUAUCUCGUCGCCGGAUGAUUUGUUUAACUUCUUUACCGAUAUACGAGGAAUACUUGGAGGUCCUGAUUCAGGUGCUAUUGAAGAUGACCAAGUUAUUUUGGAUGCAAACAGUAAUUUGGGGUUAUUUCUUCGCCGAUGUAUACUUGCUUUUAAUUUGCUACCGUUUGAGGGUGCAUGCCAUCUCCUAACAAAUAUAGGGAUCUAUUGUAAAGAAUUCUCAAGUUGCCAUCCCUAUGAAGACACUAGUUUAGAUGAUUCUAGUAGUAAUCUUGAGACAUAUUCAGAAUAUGAGAACAUGGACUUGGAGAACUUUGUCUAUGAAAAGGUUUCGGAAGAAAUUGAAGCAAGAAAGGAGGCCAGUGAAAGAGUUCCAUUUCAUCUUCAUACACCCAACGCACUUUUGAGUUUAGUAGAUGAUAUUGAUGUGCCUGCCGAUUCUGUAUCCAAACAGAGUGGUAAAGUAAGAGGAGCUAGUUCUUAUGAAGACCCUCAAAGUAACAUGGUACAGGAUGUUGAUCCCAGCAGUGCAGUGUUUUUGCGCACAAACUGGCAGAUACAGGGUUACUUGCAAGAACAAGCUGAUAUCAUUGAAAAAAAUGGUAGUGCUGUUUCUUUGAAUGGGUUUGAAGUUAUUCUACGCCAGCUACAAAAGUUGGCACCCGAACUACAUCGUGUUCACUUUUUGAGCUACUUGAAUAGUCUUUCUCACGAUGAUUAUAUCGCUGCUUUGGAAAAUCUUCAUUGCUAUUUUGAUUACAGUGCAGGGAACGAAGGAUUUGAUUUUGUUCCUCCGGCUGGUGGUAAUAGCUUUGGAAGAUAUGAAAUUGCUUUAUUAUGUUUGGGGAUGAUGCAUUUCCACUUUGGGCAUCCAAAGCUGGCUUUAGAGGUUUUGACUGAAGCAGUUCGUGUAUCUCAGCAGCACAGUAAUGAUAGCUGUCUUGCAUAUACUUUAGCAGCUAUCUCAAAUUUGCUGUUUGAAAAUGGCAUAUCAAGUACUGCUGGGAUACUAGGGUCAUCAUAUUCACCAUUUACUAGUAUGGGUAUUUCUCUCUCUGUUCAGCAACAAUUGUUUGUUCUUUUGAGAGGUUCUUUGAAGAGAGCAGAAAGUUUAAAGUUAAAACGGUUGUUGGCUUCAAAUCAUUUGGCAAUGGCGAAGUUUGAUUUAACGCAUGUUCAAAGGCCCAUGUUAUCAUUUGGUCCAAAAUCUUCCAUGAAGCUCAGUACUUGCCCAGUUAACGUUUCCAAGGAACUCAGGUUGAGUUCACAUCUGAUUAGUGAUUUUAGCUCAGAGAGUUCUGCAAUGACAAUUGAUGGCGCCUUUAGUACAACUUGGCUCAGGGAUUUACAAAAGCCAACAGGUUCUCUAGUUUUCUGUCAGGAUUCUGGAUCUGGCAGCAGUUCCGACGUUCCCCAGUUCUGUGCCCAACCAACCUCAAUUCCCGGAUCUGUGUUGCAAGUACUGGGUUCCUCUUAUAUACUCCGGGCAACUGCAUGGGAGUUAUAUGGAAGCACUCCCAUGUCCCGCAUAAAUGCGAUAGUUCACGCAACUUGCUUUGCCGAUGCAUCAAGCUCAUCUGAUGCAGCAUUAGCAUAUGUAAAGCUCAUUCAACAUUUAGCAGUCUUUAAAGGAUACAAAGAGGCCUUUUCUGCCCUUAAAAUAGCAGAAGAGAAGUUUCUAUCUGUCUCAAAAUCACAAAUCUUACUGCUAAAGCUGCAGCUGCUUCACGAGCACGCUUUACAUGGCGGACGUUUGAAGUUGGCCCAGAAACUGUGCGACGAACUUGGUGUUUUGGCAUCACCUGUUACUGGUGUAGAUAUGGAGAUAAAGACAGAAGCAAGCCUUCGGCAUGCCCGUACCUUGCUUGCAGCAAAACAAUUCCGAGAGGCAGCUUCAGUGGCGCACUCCCUCUUUUGCAUGUGUUACAAAUACAAUCUGCAAGUUGAAAAUGCCUCAGUUCUUCUUUUGCUUGCUGAGAUUCACAAGAAAUCCGGCAAUGCGGUUUUAGGGCUACCAUAUGCUUUAGCAAGCCUCUCAUUCUGCAUAUCAUUUAACUUGGAUCUUCUAAAAGCCUCAGCUACUCUUACUUUAGCUGAGCUAUGGCUCUCUCUUGGAUCAAACCAUGCAACACGGGCUCUGAACCUCGUUCAUGGAGCUUUUCCGAUGAUUCUUGGUCAUGGAGGUUUGGAGCUCCGCUCACGAGCCUAUAUUGUUGAAGCAAAAUGCUAUCUCUUUGAUACAAAUUUCAAUGUCUUCGAAGAUUACAAUCUUGUGAUAGAUUCAUUAAGACAAUCUUCUGAAGAACUCCAACUUUUGGAGUUUCAUGAAUUGGCAGCCGAAGCCUUCUACCUGAUGGCCAUGGUCUAUGACAAAGUUGGGCAAUUAGAGGAAAGGGAAGAGGCUGCAUCUUCAUUUCAGAAACAUAUAUUGGCUCUCAACAAUCCUCAAGAUCACGAUGAUCCUCUUGUUAGUAUAUAUUGA